AUGACCGUCUUCAUCGCGUCUUUAUUUCUUCCGUAUACGAUUGAUUUCAAGCCCGCGGGCUCACGUGGGUGUCGCCAGCGAUCAUCCGUCGUCGAAGGAGCCGUCGAUGGCUCUAAUUCCGGUCCCAUUGUCGGCCGCCUGCCUCGCGAACGUUCCGGCAGUAUUGCCCUGACGCCUGGUGCGACCACGGUCGACGAGAAGAUCUUCAAGGCAUACGCAUCAAGUCUAGCAGAUGAGAUCUCCAUUACCGAUGAUCCCAAAGGUCCUUAUCCCAGUGAGCCCCGCGCCGUACUAUGGGGUCACAGCCACAAGUUCACCCAGCCGCGCUCGAAGGCGACAGACCAUCCAGAGCCGUCGCUUCUGCACCAUCGUCAACCGUCAAAGGAUCGAGACUAUGGCCCACUGGGUGGCAUGGAGAAGAUGUCCAUACCGGGAACACUAGAGCCAGAGAGCUUUCGAUACGGGUUUUCCGCAGUGGACUGGGCCGUCAAAGCUGCAGAACAAGGUCAUGGCGGUCUUCAAAACGCCGUUCAUGCUGCAGAAGAAGCCGGCAUACUGCAAGAUAAAACGUGGGUGGGAACACUGGGCAUGCCGACGGACUCCUUGCCGGACGUGAUCCGUAAUGUCAUUAACGAAACUCUUCGGGAUGAUUUUGAAUCUCUCAGUGUGUUUGUGAGCGACAAUGCAUUCGAAGGUCAUUAUGCUCACUUUUGUCGCUCGGUACUUUGGCCGGCAUUUCAUUACCAAAUGCAAGAGAGCCCGCGUCAUAAUGAAUACGAUGAUUACUCGUGGAAGCAGUAUCUCAAAGUCAAUGAAGCCUUCGCCGAUGCGAUCGCUGAUCAGUGGAAACCCGGAGACUGCAUUUGGAUACACGAUUAUCACCUUCUCUGCUUGCCUGGACUGCUGAGGUCAAGAUUACCGGAUGCUGAAAUUGGGUUCUUCCUUCACACGCCGUUUCCUUCGUCCGAGAUUUUUCGAUGUCUCAGCUCACGGGAAGCUUUGCUCGAUGGCCUGCUGGGCGCCGACCUGAUCGGAUUUCAGACCGACGAGUAUUGCAGCCACUUUCUGCACACUUGCAGUCGGAUUCGACGACUUGACGCCUUGGCGGAUGGCAUCCAGGUCCGCGAUCGAUUUGUCCGUGUCAAAAGCUGGCCUUUAGGUAUUGACUACAAGUCACUGAAUCUGUUGCGCCAAUCUGUUGAAGUCAAAGACUGGAUCACAAACAUCACCUAUCGAUACAAAGGGAAACGUUUGAUUGUGGCACGGGACCGAUUAGACGCUCCCGGUGGGAUCAAGCAAAGAUUGCAGGCUUAUGAGCUUUUUCUAAAGUCUUACCCCAAGUGGCGGGAAAAUGUCGUCCUCGUGCAAGUUGCAUCCUCAGCCUCAGAGGUCCCUGAACUUGAAGCUCAGGUGUCCAAACUCGCGAUGCACAUCAAUGCCGUAUAUUCCACCCUCACCCAUCAGCCUCUUGUCUUCCUGCAACAAGAUAUCAGCUAUUCGCAAUUUCUGGCGCUGUUGAGUGUCGCCGACAUAUUUAUGGCCACAAACCUACGCGAAGGCAUGAACCUGACCAGUCAUGAUUUCGUCCAUUGCCAAGAUGGCCAGCUCGUCUCCCAAAGACACGGUUCUCUCGUUCUGAGUGAAUUCAUUGGCAGCGCAUCAAUCUUUCAUGGGCACGAACUUCUUGUUAAUCCCUGGGACUACAAACAAUGUGCGAAAACACUUAACAAGGCACUUGAGAUGUCACCACAAGACAAAGAGCGCAACUGGAGGUAUUUGAUCGACUGCAAAAGACCCUACACGGCGCUCUCUUGGUAUUCCAAUCUUCAAUCUGCUCUCAGGGAGUCCCACAUGAUGCGCGAGUACCGGCAAACUACCAAUCUCCCUCCGCUAAAAACCAAGGCACUGUCAACGUCCUAUAACUCUGCGCAUUCUCGUCUCAUUUUCCUAGAGGAUAGCUCGCUCUCCCUCCUGGACAAUCAGGCGUCAACGCAAGCAAUCAAUGAUGUACUUCGAAGGCUGGUCGCCGACCCAAGAAACACGAUUUACUUGACCAGUGAUUUGAGCCCUGACCAGCUCGCACCCAAUGAAUCAUGUCGGCCGAGCGAAAUGGGGAUCAUCGCGAGAAACGGACUUUAUGCUAGGCUUGGUAAUGAUAAUGUGUGGAUCAACUUAUCAGACAACGAUCGCAUCCGCGGCUGGCAUGCCAGUGUCAAAAAAGUGAUGGAGUACUUUCGUGAGCGCACCGAAGGUAGCACCAUCGAAGAGGACGAUUACUCCGUGAUAUUUCACUACGAAAAUGCGACCGACCAAGAAGCCGCAGCCCGCCAGGCAUCUGAACUCGCCGAUCUAGUCUACGGGGUCCGCGGCAGCGAGUCGAUUCGCAUCGUCCGCAGCCAAGGCGCCGUAAGCGUGAAGAUCAUCGAGGGCAUGGCCGCAGCCGCCUCGUUUGUGUGGGAACAAAUCUCACCCGAACAGCUGCCUGAACUGAUUCUGGUCGCUGGGGGCAAGAAGAACUAUGAAGAGUUGUUCCGCUGGGCGAAUCGUCUGCCACUUCUUUCUCCUAGUUCCUCUCAGCCACCUCACAUCACGGUCGUUCCUUUGGCGACUGGGAAACUGACUGACGGGGCGAGGGCGGUCUUGCCUGUCGGGUGGAGUUUGUUAGAUGUUCUUCAAGCAUUAGCACCCUUGGACACUUAG